UUUUUUUUUUAUUUUCUUUUUGCCAUCUUUUCAAGGGUAUUUGAUACACAUUAAUAUCUAUUAUCCUGCUCAAUGAAAAAUAUGUUAAUAAAUUUAAAUAUUAAUCCUAGCUAUAUUUAUUUUCAAUUUUUUUUUCGUUUCUAUAUUUAAAUAAAUUUUCUAAAUUCAAGAAAAAUUAAUAAUAAUAUUUAUUGAAAUAUUAUUCAUCUCUCAAUGAGUCAUUCAGCAAAAAAAAAUUAAUUUUAUUUCUAUUGUAUUUAUAAUAAAAGAAUGACAAAAAAAAAAAAAACAAAAAAAAAAAAUGAUAAUUUAUUAAUGAGAAUAAUAAUUAUGAUAGAUACUAUAAUAUAGAAAAAAAAAAUAAAUAAAUGCGUUUAAAAAUGAAAGGCAUAUGAAGGUCAAUUUUUAGAAUGUAAGUAAAAUUUCAUUGAGAUAACGGUUUUUUACUCAGCACCAAAGCCAACUGUUGGCUCUCUCGUUAGUCGAAACUUUCAUAUUGUUAACAGUGGUGUGCGUGAGACGAUCGAAAUACCAAAAGAAAAAUAAAUCAAUAUAAAUUGUAAAAUAUCUAUAUCUUUAUAAAAUUAUAAAUGAAAAAAUUAAAAUAAUGUGGUUGAUAUUAUUUUCAUACUUAUCAGUUGUGAAUUGUUUACAACUUACUUCUUACAUAUCAUCAGGUGGUCUUCAUGGUGAAAUACAUUUUAAACAAGGUCCUGAUAAUUCAGUGACAAUUCAUCUAGCUCUAAAUACAACUCUUCAAUAUCCAGAACAACAGUGGCUAUGGUCAAUAACUAAAUUUCCAGUUGAUUAUACAAAAAUUGAUGAUCGAUGUGAUGAUGAACAUCUUGGAGAAAAGAUCAUUGAUUUAACAGAUAUUUUGGGUCCUUUAAUUCUUCCUGGAAAUGAAACAAGUGUUGUCAAUGUACCAGGUAUAAAUUUAACAGGAGAAAAUGGAUUAUGGGGUAAAGGAAUAAUUUUAAUUGAUACAUUAUCAACAAAAAUAAUUUGUGCAUCAAUAAUUGUACAUGAAAAAAAUUAUGAAAAACAUGCUGAGGCAAAAUUUUAUGGUCCAAUAUCUGGUAGUAUAUGGUUUCGUUGGCUUGGUGGUAAUUCUGCAUCAUCAACAACAGAUACAAUAAUUUAUUCUGAUUUAUAUCAUACAAGUAUUAAAAAAAAUUCAACAAUUAGCUUUACUGAACAUAAUUGGAAAAUAUAUGUUACAGAUAUAUUUGAUAAUAGUAAAGAUAUUAAAAAUUGUAAUACAUUACAGUCAAUAUUUGAUCCAAAUAAUCAAGGUUAUGGUAAAUCAAUUGGUGAUAUUGAUAAAAGACUUGGUAAAAUUAAAAUAUCAAAUAAUAAUAAAAAGCUCAAAAAUACAUAUAAAGAUAAAAUGACUGAAACAAUUCCAGUUGAUGUAUAUGAUUUAUAUCGUUCACUUUAUAUUAUUAUAUUUCAUGAAACAAUGAAUGAUUCAUUUUUAACAUGUGCUAAAAUUAAACCACGUAAAGUAAUAUUAACAAAGAGUUUAAUUAAUUCACAUGGUAUAAAAGGUGAAAUAACAUUCACCCAAGAAACUCCAUAUCAUCCAACAUGGAUAAACGUUACAUUAAAUCCAAUUGAUGAUUUAGAAACACGUUUACGUUAUGAAACAAAAACAUCAGCAUAUAAAAUUCAUCAACUUCCACGUGAUCCACUUGAUACAAGUCAUAAAAUUGGUAAAUCAUGUUCAAGCACAAAAGAAAUAUUUAAUCCUGUAAAUAUUGAUGAUAAAGCAGUACCACCACCAGGACUUGGUACUCAAGAUCAAUAUGCAAUUGGUGAUUUAUCAGGUAAAUUACAAGGACGAAUUGAAGGUAUGAAUCAUCAUGAUAUUCUUCCUGGUAGUGCCAAGUUAAAUGGUAUUUAUUGGGAUGUUUAUUUGCCUCUAUCUGGUAGUCACAGUGUUGUUCAUCGUUCACUUGUCAUUUACAAAUAUGAUGAGAUUAAUAAUAAAGACAUGAUAACUUGGAUAUGCAGUAAUAUUGUACCAUAUGCAUCACAAACUGGUGGACCAUUAUCUGUACAAACAGCACAAGCUGUAUUUCAUUAUCCAAUUGUUGGAAGAAUAAUAUUUCGACAAGUUGAAAAUGAGCCGGAUAGUGAUACAACAAUUAUUGUUGAAAAAUUAAUUCAUGCUGAUGGUAGAUCAACAAAUAAUUCAGCUGAUCAUAGAUGGAUGAUACAUGAUAAUCCACCAGGCAAAGAUUAUUACAACUGGACAGCAAGAUGUAUAAGUGCUGGAAAGCCAUACAAUCCAUAUAAAAUUGAUUGGGAUAUUCUUUAUCCAGAACAUUGUACUAUGAAUAGAUUAAAUUACUGUCGUCUUGGUGAUUUAACACGACAUGGUCAUCUACAUAUUGCUGGACAAAAAUUAUAUGGACUGAAUCUUACAAAAAUAUUAUUCACUGAUUCAUUGCUACCAUUGUCAGGACCACAAAGUAUUAUUGGUAAAAGUCUUGUUAUUUAUGAUGAUCAUGGACCAGUUGCACGAGGUGAACGACUAGCUUGUACAAUAAUAAGCAGAGUCCACAGAAAUAAAGCUGUUGCUAAAGAUUGGUUUGGUAAUGGACAGCCAAUUUCUUUACAUGGAAAAUUUGAAUUUAUACAACAAACUGAGUAUGAUAUAACUGGUGUGGAGCUGCUGCUUGAAGAUCUUGAUGGAAAAACAAAUAACUAUCAAAUUUAUAAGGUACCAGUUGAAAUAGACCUGGAAUUUCCAUGUGAACCAACGUCACUUUACGAUUCAUUUGAUCCUUUCAACAUGAGUGAUACUCUAUCACCACCAUCUGGCAAAGGAACCAAUGAUCAGUAUGGAAUUGGUAACUUAAGUGGCAAGUUUGGUACUUUGGAAAAUCGAUCACGAUAUAGUGCAACAUUUAAUGACACAACAUUACCACUGUUUGGUUAUCAGAGUAUACUAGGAAGAAGUAUAAUAAUACAUAAAAAAGAUAAUGACUUUAGAUGGGCAUGCUCGUCAAUUGAACGUGGAUAUGCACCAUCUGAAGCUAGAGAAAUACGAGCAAUUGCAUCUUUUCAUCAUCCAUAUGGAUUUGCUUGGGGAUACAUUAGAAUGACACAAUUGAUUUACAAUGACAACAGUAAAAGUGAAACAAUUAUUGAAGUUAAAUUGAGAUAUCCUGGUGAAAAUGAUAAAAAUACUACUAGAAAUCACAAUUGGGAAAUUUGGGUUAAUGGAGUUGGUGUUGAUGCUGUGGUCAAGGUCAAAGACACACGCUGUGUUGCUGGUGGUUACAUAUGGAAUCCAUAUUUUACUCAACUAGCUGAUCCAUUAAACCAAGAUCUUUACAGACAAGAGUGUGGUCCUGAUUUACCACUGCGUUGUUAUGUUGGUGAUUUAUCAGCACGUUUAGGACCAAUUGAUAUUGGACUUGAAAGAAAAAUUUUUAUUGAUAAAAAUUUUCCACUUGAAGGAGUUGUUACAGCGGUUGGAAGAUCUAUUGUUAUUUUUGAUGAAAAUUUUGGUAAUCAAAAGCUAGCUUGUGCUACAAUACAGCCGGAUUAUGAUUUUAUUAAAUAUGCUAAUAUUAGAAGACCACCAAGAUUUGUUGUACCACAAUUUUUGGAAGACGUGAGAAAAGUUAUGGGAAUACCUGAGUGGAUGUUGUCAGUUGACAGCCGAAAGACAAAGAUUCUUCAUAACGGAGCUUGCAUACAGUUUUUAUUGCAUUUUAAGGGACCAAUUGCAGGUAGAUUGGAAAAAGAUUUUAGUAAAUUAUUGGCAACUGGAAAACUGGAUGAACCGAGUUUAUCUAUAACAGGAUAUAUAUCAACAAAGAGAAAAAAAACACUGGCAUAUAGACAAUGUAAUUCUCGUGAUCCAAAUGCAAAUCGAAAAAAUGAUUCAUCAACACUUGAUGUUUCAGUUAUUCUUAGGGUUACGUACUUAUUUUUAUUUCAAGUAAUAAUCUUCAAUUCGAAUUAAUUUAUGGAGGAUAGAAAUUAUUUUUUCAAUUUUGUAAAUAUAAUAAAAUAAGUUAAUAAUAUGGAAAACCAA